AUGGAAAGAGAUGAAGAGGAAAAGGGAGAUGAGCAGACUGAGGAGGAGUGGCCACAUUUCCCUUGUCUGUCCAAAUUAGAUAUUGAAGAUUGCCCAAAUCUGACUCGGGUACCUCUAUUUCCAACCGUUGAAGGCAGGCUGGUGCUUGAAAGCUGCACAGAGGCACUAGUGCGGACAAUGAAGAUGGAACCAGUAGUAGCUGCUCAUCAUCAUCAUCAUCAUCUUGACUCUCAACAAAGUUCUUCUUCUUUGUUGCUGGGGACUGCCCUUGUCGCUCCGCUAUCUAAGGUGAAGGAAUUGUUCCUCGAGCGUAUGAAGGAGUUGCAAUCUCUACCAGAAGAAGGCCUCCGCAACCUCACUUCUCUUCGAUACUUGUCGAUUCGAGAUUGUCGAAGAUUAACAUCUCUGCCUCCUGCAAUACGAAACCUCGCCUCUCUACGACAAUUAGUCAUCGUUGGGUGUACACGAUUAGCAUCUCUGCCUCCUGCAUUGCGAGACCUCACCUCGUUACGAAGAUUGGACAUUGAGUGGUGUACCCUGUUGAGAGAAAGAUGCAGAAGAGGGGAGGGUAAAGAUUGGCCCAACAUUUCCCACAUCCCUGUGAUAUAUCUGAACGGAGAGGCGCUCCAGGGUUCAGGUUGGCCAAUCUACACUACUACUGCAUUUUAUUUUUCUUGUUUUUUUUUUAUAAAAGUGAUCUCAUUUGAUAUCUUUGUGAUGUCGUAG